ACCGAAGUGUUGAAAUUGAGCUCGCAUGUUUAUUCAUCUUUGAGCUAUUUCGUUGUGUUUGAUGUAUCUAUUUUCUGGAUUUUCGAAUAGAAAAUUUUUGAUUUUUUUUUUGUUUAUAAUCUUAAUUUACUGAUUAAUCGAUCAAUUUGUGAUUUAAAAAAUUGGUGAUUCUUUUCAGCCAUUUUUCGAUAAGCAAAUACAAAGUAUUCGUAUUUUUUUAAAUAUUCUUGCUGCUCGUUUUUCUUUGUGUGAUUGUAUGUGCUGAGCACGUGCUCAUCACAUUUCUUUCGUUUUUCAAAUAAAUUUCUUUAUUUUUCUUUGAAAUGUUGAAGUUUAAAUAAAAUUUAAAAUGACUUCUAAAAACAACAAUUCAACAUCAUCGUCGUCCACAACGAUGACGCAACGUCCAUCUCCGCCAUCAUCUUCAAUGUUUUUGGUGGUACAUCCAUUACCAUCAAAUGACGAUGAAUUGAAUGACAAAAUAUUGGAAACUGUUGAAAAGUUUCGAUCACAAACGAAUCCAAAUAAUCCGGCUAGUUCUGUUGGUAGUGCUUCAAAUUCUUAUUCGAAUGUGCCUGUUAUUAAUUUUUCUGGAUCAAGUAUGUCUUCAGCUAUUUCACAAAGUGAAUCUUCAACAAAUGGUGGGGAUUCAUCACCAAUGAAAAUACCACAACAGCAACAAUCAGCCGGUCAAACCGUUCUACAAUGUGUUGUUAGCCGUAACCAUGUUGCAGUUUUGCUUGAUGACUAUCGGGUGUGUCGUUAUCCAUUCAAUAUAUAUGCUGAACGUAUAAAUAGUUCGAAUAUCCAAUCUGAAUCCUCUUCAUCUUCGAAUUCGAAAAAAUGUAUCUAUGCUUCCACAUUGAAUUCUGUUAGUAACGGUGGUAAUAAUAAUGGCGCUAGCACCAGUGGAGGUGGAUCAGCAUCACCACGAUCAGUUCCAUCACGAAGACGUUUAGUUCGUCGUGGUGGUAAUCGUAGUUCAGCAUCAGUAAUCAUGAGUCGUAGUCAUAUGAUACCGGCUCAAUAUGUACCGGAAGAAUUGGUAAAUCAAGCCCAGGUCGUGUUGCAAGGAAAGUCGCGUAAUGUCAUCAUACGUGAAUUGCAACGAACAAAUUUGGAUGUAAAUUCGGCUGUAAAUAAUCUACUAUCACGUGAUGAUGAAGAUUUUGAUGAUGCAGAUGAUUCGCCGGAGCAAUUGAUACAUUCAGAAGAUCUGAUCUCAUUGUUAGACAGUGGUUUUGCCGGUCAAGAUCAUUCAGUUAUAAUUGAUCCAGAAUUCAGUGAAGAAGCUGUUUUUUCAUAUCCGCUUAGAAUUCGUGGAUCAACAUCGAUUUUUCCUCCGAAUAAUCAAAAUCAAUCAAGUUCAAGUGGACAAAGUGGCAGUGGCAAUAUCAACUCUGGCAGUACCGGUGGUGGCCCCACUUCAAAUAAUAAUGUUGGUGGUGCUAGUGGAAAUAGCAGCAGUUCAAGCAAUCGAAUCCGUUUGCGUGAAGAACCAUAUUCAUUUGUUGAACGUGAACUUGGGUUAUCCUCACCUUCGCAGCAAGGUAAACGUUGGUAUUCGGUCACACAAGAAUCAGUGAAGAAUUUAGAUUCGGGUAGCGGUCAUCGUCAUCAAUCAUCAUCAUCGUCAAACAAAAAAAAAUGUGAUCAAAUUCAAUUGUCGCCAAUAUCGUUCACUGAUCAGGAAUAUUGGACUGGAUCCAACGAUCGAAAAUUCAUACAGAUAGCAUCAUUACACUCGGAACUGAUCGCUAUUAAUAAUCAGGGCCAAUUGUGUCAAUGGCGUUGGCUAGAUUCUGAGCCAUUCAAAUGUCAAAUAUCCGAAGGUGUUUAUUAUUUUCAUCCACGUGUACCAUCAUUGGGACUUUUAUCUGAAAAAAUACAGCAUCUUGCAGCAUCAGUAGUUCGUGCAACCGUUGUAACAGAUACAAAUAAAUUGGCCACCUGGAUGGAUGAAUCAAUUGCUGCCGCUGCGUGGAAACUCGAACAUUCAGCUACUAAUCAAUUGUUUGCGGAUGCUUUAUCUAGUGCUCUUUCUGGAUCAUUCAAAAUUACUUCAUUGUAUGUAUCGUCACUUAUGUCUUGCGUACAAUUGUCAUCUGGGUCAUUGUUCUGGUGGGGUACGCCACCGUUUUCACAUCGGAAAAAAAUGGCCGAAAAAGGCCAGAAUGAAAAAUCUAAAUCUAAAACAAAAUCAUCAUCAUCAACAUCUCAAUCAGUAUCAAACAUGAAUAGCAAAGACAAUGAGAUUGUUCAAGGAACAUUGGUGUCCAUGCGAAAUUCUCCCAUUUAUCAAUGUGGUGAAAUUGGAUUUACGACCGUUAGUGGUGUUCCAAAAGUUGGCCAGCUUAUAUCGGCUGCAUGGAAAAUGUCUGAUUCAUAUUCGUUCCGUAUAUUAACUCCACAGGAAAUUCAAUCAAGAUUGUCUGCUAAUUCUGCAUCAACAUCAUCUUCAACACCAACUGUUUUACCAGUAUCAACUAAUAAUCAAGCAUCGUCAAGUAAAAAUCUUGAACGUGCAGAAAUGCCGCCACCACCGUCACCAGCAUCGUCAACAUCAUCUGAAUCUUCCAAUACAAAUGCACCGGUAGUAAAACGUGCACGUGGUCGUAAUCUUAGCUCUUCUGGACAACAAUCACAACAACAACAAAUAUCCAGUAAUAAUAAUGAAGAACGAAAUUCAGAUCGAAUCGAAACAUGGAACCUAAAAGAUGUUGUUUUUGUUGAAGAUGUUAAAAAUAUGCCAAUUGGUCGUGUUAUUAAAGUUGAUGGAAAUUUUGUUGCCGUUAAAUUUAAUGCAAAUCCUUUGGAUGUCCCACCAUCAUUUAACAAGAAUUUACAAUCACCCGAACAACAGCAGCAACAGGUUCGUCCGUCUGGAGAAACAGAUUCUAUUGAAUCAUAUAUACAAGAUUGUCGUUUAUUACGUAAAGAAGAUUUGAUUGCUGUACGUUCAUUUCCAUCAACAUCGGCCACUCCUACAUUUCUUAAUAAUUCAAUAAUCGUUGGUAACAAAGCUUAUGAUUACUUUCAACGUACACCAAAGCGUGUACCACUCGCUGAACAUAUGCAAAUUUUGACAAUGACAUUGACGAAUCUUGGAUUACAUGUCAUUGCUAAAAUGGGUGGUUAUCGUCUAUCUUAUUUGCAGAUCAAUAUUGUUUCUGGCCGUAUUGAACAUGAUAAUAAGUUAUCAAUUGAAUAUAGUACAUUUUUUGGCAGUGGAACAAAUCCAAAAUCAUCAUUGAUACGAUUGUUCAGUGCUGGAGAAAAUGAACAGACUACAGUUGUAUUAUGUCGUGAUGGUAAUGGAACUUUGUAUCCAUUAGCUAAAGAUUGUACCAAUAUGGUCAUAAGAGAACCGAUAUCAUUGAAUCUUGGUCCCAUAUCAACAGUCGGUUUGGGAAUUUUUUCAUUGCCCAAUAUUCAUAGUGGAGGAGCUAUAUCGUAUUCAACAUCUUCUCAAUCGACAAAAACUCAUGCUGCCAUUUUGGCAUUAACUUUGGAACGACAAUAUCUAAUGCCAGUCAUUCUAAAUUGUGACCUAGAUGGUGUUCGUGAAUGUCUAUCAUUAUUGAACACAUAUCCAAAAAUAUUCUUCCCGAUGAUCAGUGAAGUUUGUGAUGGCAAUCAUAAUAUCAUCCAUGUAGCUGUUUCGGCUUGUUUUCCAACCAGUAAUAAACCGCGAUCAUCUUCCACAGAUUCGGUUCGAAUACACAUUCAAUUACUAGAAGAUGAUGAAGAUUUAGGCCAUCAAGAUCCACGAUCAGCGUCAUCAUCGUUGCUUAAUGAUACCCCUAUGAAUGAUAAUAGUUUAGAUGCAACCACAUCUACCAAUGCACAGCAGCCACAGCCUGCCCAGAAUCAGUCAUCAGCUACGUUUGGAAAUUCAAGUGAACCUUUAUUGGAUCCGACCGAACAGAAGCCAAUAGCUCAUUCUAUCCUAUGGACAUUAUUAGAUUCCCCAGCCUUGUCUGGACAUUUAUUUGAUCUACUUUCGGCACGUGAUUAUCAAGGGCUAACUCCUUUCAUGUUGGCCAUAUCAGGUCGUGCCUAUUCAGCCGCACAGCAAAUAUUUGUUGUAAUGCAACGUGUUGCACGUAUAAUCGCUAAUAAUGAAUCGUCCACUCAGCAACAACAAGAUCAAUCAUCAUCGCCUUCAUCAGCUAUAACACAGGAUUCCAUUUAUCAACGUACGUUUAUGCAGAUGUUAUAUCCCCGAGGAUCAUCACCAGAUCAUUCUCCAUUGUAUAUGUUAUGCUCAAACGAUACUUGUUCGUUCACAUGGACUGGUAAUGAACAUAUCAAUCAAGAUAUAUUUGAAUGUCGUACUUGUGGCCUAGUUGGUUCACUUUGUUGCUGUACUGAAUGUGCACGUGUCUGCCAUCGGGGUCAUGAUUGCAAAUUGAAACGAACAAACCCGACUGCUUAUUGUGAUUGUUGGGAAAAAUGUAAAUGCAAAGCAUUGAUUUCUGGCUGUCAACCAGCAAGAAAUAGCCUUUUGAAACGGUUACUUGAGUCGACGAAUUUAUCGCAGCGAGUUAAUGCACGUGGUGAACAUAUUCUUUUGUUUUUGGUUCAGACAGUUGGUCGACAAAUUAUUGAGCAAAAACAAUAUCGUCCAACUCGAUUGAGGGCAUUCGCUGUAAGUUCAGGAAACAACAACAGUGGUGGUCGUUCUAAAAAUGAUUUAAGUGAUGAACAAUCCAGUGUGCCGGAACACGAUCUUGAGCCUCCUAAAUUUGCUCGGCGUGCAUUAGAAAAAAUGCUGAGCGAUUGGCCAACAGUUAAAUCUAUGAUUUUUACCGGUUAUCGUUCGGCUGAAAAUGCCGCUCAACAACAGCGACGGCAAGCAUAUCUGUGGAAUCUUAAUGGAACGGCAAACGCUUAUUCAUUUGAAGAAGAAAAUUCCUAUUUAUCUUGUCAAAAUGGCUCAGCUUUAUUGGAUAAAUUCACACAUUCAUUAUUGAAAUUGAAUUUAAGUGAUCCCAUCGACCGUAUAACUGGAACCAUUUUACAGGCAUGUAAAUCACCAAAUAUUGCUCAAGAAGGUCGUAUUGUUGCACGACGAUUUGUACGAUCUGUCAUACGUGUUAGCUUAGCGCUUUUGUUUGAAGCAAAUCCUGUUCAAUAUUCAAUGGCUUAUGCUCCGUUAAUGGAAAUGUCAUCAUAUCGAACAUAUUGGGAACGUUAUUUAUCAACUCAUCCUUCAACAUCGUCAUCAUCAUCAUCAUCAUCGUUGCAAAAGAAAUCAAAUUCAAUGAUAAUAAUGAUACGUAAAAUUCGUAAAGUUUUCAUUUCUUUAUUGCCCAUUGCAGCUGAAGAAUUGUGUGAAAUUGCCGAAUCAUUAAUCGCCCCUGUCAGAAUGGGUCUAGCACGGCCAUCAGCUUCGUUUAUGAUGUUAGCACCAUCAUCAUCACAUACUUCGGAUCUUGGUGGUUCUAUAACCGAUGAACUUUUCUCCGUUGAUACAUCUGUUUAUUCCCAUCAACGUGAUUUCCUCGAUGCUACGUUUGGUCUUCAUGAUCCAACCAUGUUAGAACCGGAAUCACUUGGAUCUGUUUCACAAAAUCAUAAUUCCCAUCACAUGCUUUGGAAUUCCUAUGAUCAAUCCUCCGCUGACAUUAGAGCUGUAGACGCAACAUCUGCUUUGCGGUCUUUGGAUUCCCAGACCGAUAAUAAUAGUAGCCAAAAUCAACAACAAUCAUCUCAAGAUGAAUUACGAACAAUUGGCAAUGAAGGUAAUUUAACGGUACCUUCGAUUCCUUCAUUUCAGUCACUAAUUUUUGGUGAACAAUCCACCGAAUCAUCAACUGCGUCUGUUUCUUUGUCGAAUAAUCAACUGCCAGAAAUUAUUAUUGAAAGACCUGCAAACGAGGAAAAUAAUUCACCAAUGGAAUCAGAUCAACAUCAAAGUAAUCUAACGUCUGCUGCAUCCGAUGCCGAUAUAGACAUGCUUGUUGCCGGUAAUCAAAUGAUGAGUGAAGCUGAUGAUAAUUCAAAUGUUGGUGGACGUUUGGAUACUGAAUCCGAUUCUGAAUCGAAUCCUGAUGAUGGGGCAUCAUAUCUGAGCAAUGCGGAUAAUGCUUCAGCACAGCGAAGUGUUGUAACCGGUGCAACAGCUGGCAGUGAUGUUGGAGUUGCCUCUUUACCUUAUGAUGAUGAAUCAUUAAAUUCAAAUGCUGAUGAUGUCGAUGAUGACGACGAUGAUGAACAAGAUGUAGAACCUGAUGAUGAUGACUCAUCUGAUUCUGAUGAUGCGUCAGAUACUGCGGAAACGGAACCAGACACCGAUGUCCUUUCAAGUUUUAUUAAUGAUAAUGUAGAACGUCGUCUUGGAGGCGUCCAAGUUGGUGGAUCAUCAUCUAAUGCUAAUUCUGGUGGUGGUUCGCAAACUGCAACAACCGGUUCAGCUCGACACAAUAUUUUACAACAUGUUCAAUGGGCAUUGCGCUCUCAUCGUGAUCAAAUGUUAUCAUCAACAUCAACGACGAAUCUUCCAGAGUCAUUCCGUCGUAGUGCUAUUUCGAAUGCAUUAGUUUCUACGGAAAAUGUUGUGCAGAUAACGAACUCGAUGGUUGGCCUAGCCCGAGCUUUUUCUAUUAUAAUGCGGCAUAUUGCAGAUUUAAUGGUCAUCAUACGCGAAACAACAAACGAAGCUGGUUGCAUUGAUUUCCCUUUUUAUUCUAUCAGUCCAAUAGAAUCGAAGCAGUUAUUGCAAAUGAUUGAAGAUCGUCUUCUCAAUACAUGGAAUUGGUUGAUCAUUUCAAUGGACACAACGGAAACGCAAUUACGUUUUGGAUGUGCACUAUCCAACCGGCGCCUCACUCCAGUCGUAUCUAGAGGAAUAAGUUCUUCGACUAGUGGUUCAAGUACUGCAAUAUCAUCUGGAUCCGGUACAGCUGGUGUUGGUGGCUCAAAUCCUAAUUCAGGUAGUGCAUAUGUGGCUUCUUCAAAUCCACGUUCACUUCGAUUAAGAACAUUUCAAAGUCAAGAUGAAAUGGCAAUGCUACCAACAUUUAAUCGUAAUAGUUUACGUACUCGCACUGGUGGUGGCAGUUCUUAUGUUUUCACUCGUACAUCUGCUGGAGCUAGUGCUGCUGCACAUGGUGCUUCCGGUUCAGCCGUCGCUUCCGGAUCAGGUGGUUCAAGUGGAGCCGGUGGUUCAAAUGUUUCUUCAAAUGAAUCCAAUCAAGCAGCUCAUCGUGAUUUUCUCAACUAUGCAAUGUCAUUGAUGCGUGCCCAUUCAAAUGAACAUUAUGAUUCAUUACCCGUGUUGGAUGUAUCAUCACUCAAACAUGUUGCAUACAUUUUCGAUGCUUUUGUUUAUUUUAUUCGUCGUGGUUUCAUUACAAUGGAUUCUUAUUCUGAAACUAUAGCCAAUGAAAUUAUUGAUUCAUCAUCGAUUAAAAGCAAAGAUGACAUACUAACAUCAGGCCGAAAUCAUGCAUUUUUUAGACGAUCUAAUUCUACAUUAUUUCUUGGUUGUCCGAGACCUGAUCCGUUUUCGGCUCCAUAUCAGGAAGCUUUGCCGUUGGCCAGUAAACCACAAUUACUACAGCCAAAUGCUAGACGUGAACAAUUGUUCGGUAUACCUAGACCAUCUAAUGCAAUGGAAGCAGAAGAAAUGAUUGAAUCGUUACCAUCACAGAUGAGUCUUUCUAAACGUUAUCAAUGGAAUUAUAAUAGUAGUUCAAUUCGAUCACCAAAUCAUUUACAAAUAUCACCAGCUCGAUCUCAAUCUGUCAUAACUGAAUCAUCUACGUCAUCAUCCUCAAGAGUAUCAAUCAUACAACCGAAUAAAUUAUCAGUGAUUGUUAUGGCCGGUUCAGCUAAACAUCAACAACAGCAAACAACUUUGCCGACAAGUCCAAAUUUAAAUAACAAUAAUCAAUCUUCUGUUAUAAAAAUUUCGACUAAUCAGCAACAACAAAAACAUGUCAAUUUUUUCGGGAAUAUUCAACAACAAGAUCUCCUUUUAGGCCGUUGGCAUUUAACACUCGAACUAUUCGGUCGGCUGUUUGUUGAUGACGUGUCACUUGAACCUAAUUCCAUUAUACCGGAAUUGACCGGUUUUCCCAUUAAAGAAAGUAAAUUCAGACGCGAAAUGGAACGUCUAAGAAUCAGUUGCUCAAAUACAGCCGCAAAUCAACGUGAUUUAAAUUUUUAUAAAUUAGAUCGUGAUCGGCAUCAAUUGCUCAUACAAUCAUUCAAAGAAUUGAAUUCGGUUUUCUCGCCCAUUACUCGACGGCUAUCAUCUCAAACAUCCGUUGCACCGCAAUCAUUGACUAUUACGCGUGUUAAAGUAACCUUUAAAGAAGAACCGGGUGAAGGGUCUGGUGUUGCACGUAGUUUUUAUACAGCAUUUUCUGAAGCCGUAUUAGCAAAUGAAAAAUUACCCAUUGAAUUAUUAAUGAAUAAUUGUUGCGGUUCAAACAGCAUGGUCAAUAUUCGUGGUGGUGGUUCUGCUACAAACUCAUCCUCUGGUGCUUCGGCUGUAAAUUAUGAAGCUUUUUCUAGUUAUGCCUUCCGUCUACGAAGUCAUAAUAAUAACAAUAAUAAUUCUAAUGGUUCAUCUUCUGGUCAACGAAAUAGCAAUUCUACUGGCUCUAGUGGUGGGUCUGUAAAUUCAGUUCCACAAAACUCUUCAUCCCCAGUAAAUGAUAUUCUUGCUGCCGCAUCAAGUAGCAACAACAGUAGUUCAAUGCGAAGACCACGUUCCCCAGCACGUUAUAAGCCAUUCUAUCCAUCAUCAUCAUCAUCAUCAUCAUCGACAGCUCGUCGUACGCAAUUAAUUGAACGGAUUCGGAAUAUGCAUGAACCGCGCUCAUCAACAUCUCCGUCAUCAAGUGGAAGUAGUAGUUCAACAUUAGCACCGUCUUCUUCUGCAGCAACUUUCCGUCGAAUCGCAUUUUCACAGCUUCGAUAUGAUGCACCUUCGUUUGUGCCUACGCAGAUGAUUAAUUCACAUCGAAAUUCACCAAUCGUUCCUUCAGAUUCAAGAAAUGGAAUUGGUUUAAGGAUUUAUAAUCGUGUAUACAAUUUAUAUCCGGUGCAUGCAUCGAAAAUAACCGGAAUGUUAUUGGAAUUGCCCCAAGAAACUCUUUUAAACCUAUUUAAUAAUGAAGAAGAACUGCGUAGUUCUAUCGAUUGGGCUAUGGAAAUAAUUCAUGCAAAUGAAAUUCGAAAUCAGACAAGUAAUGGUAACCAAACAACAGCAGCCAAUACAACACAAGAUGGAUCGGUUCAAAGAGAUGCUUCUAGUUUAAAUACCAACGCGCAACAACAGCAAUCUUUAUUUUUGCCCUCUUUUUUAACGACCGAUGCAUUAAUGUAUGACAACUAUAAUGCAGAUCAGAAAAUUCAGCUCUCAGUUCAAGGUUCGGGUGCUUAUAAAACAAUUCCAAAUGAGUCAUCUACAACGGCAACAAUUUUGCAAUUAGACAAUUCAUUUUCAGAUGAAGAUGAUGCACCAUUAUUCUAUCAACCAGGGAUGCGUGGAUUUUAUUCACCUCGUGCUGGUCGGUCUAGUGAAAAUCGCUUGAACGCAUUCCGAAAUGUUGGUCGCAUAAUUGGUGUUUGUUUUCUACAAAAUGAGCUAUGUCCAAUCUCAUUUAAUCGACAUGUGAUCAACAUGAUUCUCGACCAACCUGUUAGAUGGCAUGAUUUAGCAUUUUUUGAUUCGGAACUUUAUGAAUCAUUGAGGCAAUUAAUUUUGGAUGCCCAGUCCAAUGAUAAGGAUGAAAUUUUGGCUGAUUGUGAUUUCCGUUUUGCCAUAGAUUUACCACCAGAAGAAGGUGGUCACAGUGUUGAAUUGAUACCUAAUGGCCGUAAUAUUCGCGUUACGCCACAGAAUGUCUAUGACUAUGUUCGAAGAUACGCUCAAUAUAAGAUGGUCGAAUCACAAGAGAAAGCGAUCAAGGCAAUACGGGCUGGUAUAUAUGAUGUCAUUCCUCGUAUUUCAUUUGAUGGCCUUACUCCCGAAGAUUUUCGAUUGUUAUUGAAUGGAGUGAAUGAAAUCAAUGUUCAACAACUACAAACUUAUGUCACUUUUUAUGAUGAAAGCGGUGAUUCUGAACCAAUAACAAAUAUUCGUAAAUGGUUUUGGUGGGUAUUAGAGCGGAUGACCAAUGAAGAGAAACAAGAUCUUAUUUAUUUUUGGACCGGUUCACCAGCCUUACCAGCCAGUGAAGAAGGUUUCCAGCCUAUGCCAAGUGUUACUAUAAGGCCACGCGAUGAUAAUUUUUUCGUCACUGCCAAUACUUGUAUUUCACGGCUGUAUAUUCCAUUAUAUUCAUCGCGAAAUGUAUUGCGGCAAAAAUUGCUCAUGUCGAUCAAAUCGAAAUCGUUUGGCUUCAUUUAGAAUCCGGAAUAUCAUUUGUCGCAACUAUAAGUGUUGACGAAAUAAAUUGUAUACAAACAUGCACACAUACAAAAUUUUACAAUUCAGAUGGCUUAUUUAUUCAUAUAAAUUUUCAUUUGCA